UCCAAGGAUUCAAUAAAUCAUGUGUCGUCUUAUCUUGUUUAAAUUAGCACCGCCUUACAUUAUCAGAGUCAAGGCCGUGGCAUUGAAGGAGCAGCAUAAAAGCAUUUCCCUGCAGCAGCUGAGGACCGUCCUGCACAGCUCCUCUCUGUGAUGCUUGGCCUCCUGCUGAACCACGCCGCUCUGUCUGGGCCCUCUGCUGCAGAUAUGGCUUGGCUUCUGUGUCUGUGUGCGUUUUUGGUGGUGACUCUGGCCUUGUUAGCGGUGCAGCAGUUAAAGCUCAGAGUCUCUCUGUGUGGCCUCCAGGAGCCCCCCCGCCUCCCAGCACUACCCCUGAUCGGCAGUCUGCUGAGUUUGCGAAGUCCACACCCUCCUCAUGUGCUUUUCAAAGAACUGCAGAGGAAGUAUGGGCAGACGUACUCUUUGAUGAUGGGCUCCCACACUGUCAUCAUCGUCAACCAGCACAAAGACGCCAAAGAAGUGCUGCUUAAGAAGGGAAAGACAUUCGCAGGAAGACCCAGAACUGUGACCACAGACAUUCUGACCAGAGAUGGGAAAGACAUUGCAUUCGGAGACUACAGUGCGACUUGGAGGUUCCACAGGAAAAUAGUCCACGGAGCUCUGUGCAUGUUUGGAGAGGGCUCAGCCUCCAUCGAGAAGAUCAUCUGUGCAGAGGCCCAGUCCCUGUGCUCCAUCCUGUCUGAGGCAGCGGCUGCUGGCCUCUCCCUGGAUCUGUCCCCUGAGCUGACUCGGGCUGUCACCAACGUCAUCUGCGCGCUCUGCUUCAACUCCUCCUACCGCCGUGGAGACCCUGAGUUUGAGGCCAUGCUAAGCUACAGCCAGGGCAUCGUGGACACUGUGGCAAAGGACAGCCUGGUGGACAUCUUCCCCUGGUUGCAGAUAUUUCCCAAUGCAGACCUGCGUCUUCUAAAGCAGUGUGUUUCAACCAGAGACGAACUCCUACAGAAGAAAUAUGAUGAACAUAAGGCAGAUUACAGCGACCACGUGCAGAGAGACCUGCUGGACGCUCUGCUGAGAGCCAAGCGCAGCGCCGAGAACAACAACACAGCAGAGGUCAGCGCGGAGUCCGUAGGGCUCAGCGAAGACCACCUCCUCAUGACUGUGGGAGACAUCUUCGGAGCCGGAGUGGAAACCACCACCACUGUGCUGAAGUGGGCCGUCAUCUACCUCAUUCAUCACCCACAGGUGCAGAAACGUAUCCAGGACGAGCUGGACAGUAAGGUGGGGGCAGGGCGGUCCCCCCAGCUCAGCGACAGAGGGAGUCUUCCCUACCUGGAGGCCACCAUCAGGGAGGUGUUACGGAUCCGCCCUGUGGCCCCUCUGCUCAUCCCCCAUGUGGCCCUCACUGACACCAGCAUCGGGGACUUCACUGUGAGGAAAGGGACUCGAGUCAUCAUCAACAUGUGGUCUCUGCACCAUGACGAGAAGGAAUGGAAAAACCCUGAGCUCUUUGACCCCGGUCGGUUCUUGAACAGUGACGGCACGGGUCUGGUCAUCCCGUCGUCCAGCUACCUGCCGUUUGGUGUGGGGGUCAGGGUGUGUCUGGGCGAGGCCUUGGCCAAGAUGGAGCUCUUCCUCUUCCUGUCCUGGAUCUUACAGCACUUCACCCUCUCAGUCCCACCGGGCCACACUCUGCCCAGCCUCGACGGCAAGUUUGGCGUGGUCCUCCAGCCGGCCAAGUACAAAGUGAACGCUACGCCCAGACCGGGCUGGGAGAGGAACAAGUGCCAGGAGUGUUGAGACUGUUCCCCAUGGUCUCGACAGGCAGGCAGAGAUCAAGCACACAGCGGUGAACUGGACAUAUGUUUGCACAUUAUUAUUCCUUAACCAUCAGUUCCCAACAUUAUGUAUGAGAAUACAUUGUAUUUAGUUCUAUCUGCUGCCAUAAAAUACAUGAAAAGGGCCAGACCAGGGCCAACAAACCAACAGCAAAUAGUUCAUAGAUUAGGAGACACUCGUCUCUGUCCACAGACUUGUAAUUCAUGAAUCUGCGAGCAUCUUUGAGGCAAAGAUUAAAUCUAUUGAUUCUGCAGGAAAGAGUCAUUUAACAGGUGUCUGUACUGAACAGCCACAUUAACAUAUAAUAUACUGACAUUAGUAACUCCACCAUCCGUGACAGCCACGCAGGAUAUCUGUACCUAUUUUUAGAAUAUAUUUAUAACCUUUGCCCUGUGAUCAGGACGCGCUAAGCUUAUAUGAUACACAUGCUCUCGGAGAGGAAUCUCAUCACUACAAUAGAUGGAGGUGACAGAAAGUGACUCAUAGAUUCAACUAUUUUUUUUAAGUUAUUUUUUGCCUUUAUUCUGACAGUUGUAAUGAGAGAGAGAGACAGGAAAGUCAGGGAGAGAGAGAGAGAGGAUGACAUGCAAUCAAGGGCCACAGGUCGGAUUGGAACCUGGGCCACUGCAGUUAGGACUGAGCCUCUGUAGUAUGCGCUCCACCAGGCGAGCCGCCGGGGCGCCCACAUUCAGCUAUUUUAAAGAAACCUGUUGGUGAAGUGUCAGGUUCUGCUUUCCUUUUUAAAUAGUUUCAGUUCCUGUAACGUCAAAUCGCAUUUGUCCAUCUCUUAACGUACUUAGAAAGCUAGAUGCGUUUUUUUGCUCGUAAAGUUACAAGAAACUUUGAAUGGAUCCAUCGUCAGUGUGUUGAUGACGCUCAUAUUGACCUAAGAUCAGCUGUGAAGAUCUUUAAGUUAUCACCUGACCUCUAACCACAGCUGUGCAUCAAUGUUCACAGUUUCAAUUUAAGACUAAGGUCAGGAAUCAUUUAUAUUUCCUACAAGCAUAUUGACCAAUAGCCCUAAUAAAAACUCUGCAGUGACAGUGUUUUCUGCAAAUGAAAACCGAAGUCAAGAUUAUUUAUUUUUGUCAGUGUGGAAUUCAAUUCUGAAUGCAUGUAAAUACUUAUGAUUACUCACCAAUAAUAUAACAUUAAAAAUUGUAAUGACAUCACAUGGGCAGUGUUUGGUGAGUUUGUGGUAACAGGAGAUUUAACAUGGCACUGAAAUAUAAUGAAAUAUACAGAUGAAAUGGGGAAUAGGAAAUAAAAGUCUUGUCUCAAGUAAAGGUUCUUCCGGUGAGUUGAAGUAAAUGCCCAAUUUAAAUGGUUGAUCCAGCAUUAACAAACACAGGCUUGUUUCUAAUAAAGACUGGGUAGAAACACUGAGGAGGGUGGAAUUAGCUGUACUUAGUAGUGGUGGAAGAAGUACUCACAUUGCCACAAUUUAAAAAAUUCCAUUACAAGCUAAAGUCUUGCAUUCGAAAUUCACUGCAGUCAAACAACAGAAAGAACAGAAAUAUCAAUCAGUCCUCUUUCCUCAGAAAACUGCAGCCUGAGACUGAUACAAUAUCUGUAAGACGUAAAAGGUGCAGCUAGUUUUAAACACAGUAAGAUAGGCCUGCUUGAUUCGGGCAAAAAUCAUAAUCACGAUUAUUUUCAUCAAUAUCGAAAUCACGAUUGUUUAACACAAUUAUACACUUACCUAAGAAACACCACACAUUUAUUGAACUUUUGAAAAAACUGAAAAUAAAACUGAUUUCAAAACAAAAAGUGUGUUGCUGUAGUUUUUCCAGUUGUACACAAUAUAAGUUACAGAUAUCUGAGUGUGGGACAGCAGAGGGCGCGAUCUCACCUGACUGUAUGUAGAAAGUCUCUGAGCUGGCAAACUGCUACAGAUGAUGCACUCCUACGUUUAGGGAUAGGUAUUAGGUAUCAUUAAGAUUUUAAUGGUAUUUUAUCCAUACUGCUUAUCGAUCUGAUUUUUUAACGGUUCUCUCAUUUGUACUUUUUGUUAUUUUGGAAGAGAAAAAAAUGAAUUAAGAACAGAAUUAACAUUGCUUUAUUCCCUCAUAUGUGCUCACUUUACAUUCUUGAGUG